AUGUCACAACAACUGCUUGGCCAGUCCGUCACUCCAUUCCUAAGAGAACAUAUUCCUGGAUUGUACGCACCUAUUGGAAAGCCCGACUUCCCUGCCACUAUCAACAACUCGGACAACACUAAGGAUCCCAACAGCAAGUUCUGUUACCGUCACCGGCCGGACUCUAAAUGCCGAAGGGCUGCUGACGAGUCCAAGAUGGGCGCAAUCCAGAGUGCACUCGAGAGACUACCGCAAGCCGAUCAACAGGCCAUCACUCACGUUUGGUCCUUAUUCUCCGCCGCACCUGCAAAGCACCGGGAGUUGAUGCUGCAAGGCGUUAUCACCCAGUGCUGCUUCCCACAACUAUCCAUGGUGUCAAGAGAGAUAUCUGAAUCACUGAAGAUCGACUUCCUCGGCGCCCUUCCCACUGAGGUGUCAUUGAAGAUCUUACGGUUCCUGGAUUGUGUAUCUCUUUGCAAGGCUUCUCAGGUCAGCCAUAGAUGGCGGACCUUGGCCGACGAUGAUCUUGUCUGGCAGCACCUGUGCAUGCAACACAUCGAGCGCAAGUGCACGGCCUGCGGCUGGGCCUUACCACGACUGGAGAAUAAGAGAAUGAAAGACUGGAAGAAACAACAUCAACUUGCCAUUGCAAAAAUUCGACAGGCCGAGGUAGUUGAAAUUCAGGAUACCGAUACCACAGCCAACGAAGUUGCUGUUGCACUGGUAUCAAGAAAGCGAGAUGCCUCCGGUCUCGACGACAGCGAGGCUUCGCGUGUCAAGAGACAAUGCAGCGAGGGCGCUCAGAGAAAUUCCAUGGAACGUCAACUGCGCCCGUGGAAGGAUGUCUACAGGGAUCGUUACAAGAUCGGCUAUAACUGGAAGCAUGGCCGCUGCUCCAUAAAGGUGUUUCGAAACCAGCACACUAACGGCAUUACCUGCCUCCAAUUUUCCGAGGACAUGCUAGCAACGGGUUCUUAUGAUUCCACUAUUAAGCUUUGGAACAUCGAGAAGACUGAAGUUAUCCGGACCCUAGUGGGCCACACCAUGGGAAUCAGAGCCAUCCAGUUUGAUGAUCGUGUCCUGGUCUCUGGUGCAUUAGAUGGGACCGUCAAGAUUUGGAAUUGGAGAACCGGUCAGUGUUUGAAUACGCUUACUCACAGUGGAGGAGUCAUUACGGUUCAUAUGGACGGCCCUUAUCUCGCGUCGGGGUCCAUGGACAGAAGCAUCAAGGUCUUCAAUUUCAAAACUCAACAGAUCAUCUGUCUGCGUGGCCACGGUGACUGGGUAAAUCAAGUCCGUAUUGAUGUGGCAUCCCGCACAUUACUUUCUGCAAGCGACGACUGUACGGUCAAGUUAUGGGAUCUUGAUACCCAGCGAUGCAUACGCACAUAUGAAGGCCACGUGGGACAAGUCCAACAAGUCAUGGCCCUACCUGACGAUUUCGAGUUUGAGGAGGAGGACGGUCACGAAGCUGAUAAUGCAUCGGUGGCGAGUGGUCGUAGUAGCACCCCGGGUGCGUGCUCGUCCGGUGCCUUGCCAUCGCCGCCAGCUGACGAGGAGCGAUCGGCAUAUGGUUCUGUGUUUGCCGAAGACACAAGCCGCCAACUGCCGCCUCGUUAUUUCUUGACGGGUUCCCUAGACGCCACUUUGCGCCUCUGGGACACAGCCAGUGGCCGCUGUUUGAAAACCCACUUCGGACACGUGGAAGGAAUUUGGGCGUUGCAGGUUGACCAGUUGAGAUAUGUCACCGGUGCGAACGACGCGACCGUGAAGUUGUGGGAUCCGCGAACCGGUCGAUGCGAAAGGACAUUUACCGGUCAUGAAGGUCCAGUGACUUGUGUAGGGCUGUCUGAUAGUCGUUUGGCGAGUGGCGGUGAAGAUGGAGAAGUGCGACUUUAUCGAUUUGACUGCGAUCCAUCCGAAGCUGCUGCGUGGGGUACACCAGCAUAA